UCCUGUUUUAUAUUAUGAAUAUAGUUAAGCUUGAGAGAAGUCUACGUUCAGUACAAUUUUAUGAAAGUGUCAGACGUUUGUCAACGGUUUCAUAACAAAUUCAAAAUCAGGCAUUGAAUAAUUAAUAAACAAUGGCUGAACAAAAAGAAGAAAUUGUAAUAUCAGGUAUUGGAGGAGUAUUUCCUGAAUGCGAUUCGUUGGAAGAGUUAAAAGACUUGCUAUUUAGCAAAACCAAUGGAGUAACAAUUGAUUCGAGAAGAUGGAAACCAAAUGAACUUGGUGCUAUUGCUGGGACCGGAAAAAUGAAAAAUGUUGACAAAUUUGAUGCAACGUUCUUCAGUGCCCAUCCUAAGCUGGCUGAAGCGAUGGAUGCAAUGACGAGAAUCUUCAUAGAACGUUCAAUUGAAGCAAUUUUCGAUGCAGGUUUGAGUCCAGCAGAUUUACGAGGAACAAAUACAGCUGUAUUUUCGGGCUCAGCUAUAAGUGAAACAGAAAUGUUUACAUUAGACUCCUCUAAAUUUGCUGCAUUUUCAAUGUUAGGACGGAGUAGAACAAUGCAAGCAAAUCGCGUUUCAUACAUUCUAAAUUUAACAGGACCCAGUUUUACAAUGGAUGGAGGAUGGAUUUGUGGAUCAAAUGCUUUAGAAAAAGCCAAAAGAAUGAUUGAAAAUGGUUUUAUAUCUUCUGCAAUUGUUGGAGUUACAAAUUUAGCACUAAGGCCAGAAAUACAAUUUCAAUUUCAAGGACUGAAUAGAUUAAAUAAAAAUAUGCAAACCAAAUCAUUCAGUUCUGAUGCUGAUGGUUAUAACAGAUCAGAAGCUUGUAUUGUAAUGUAUCUUCAAAAAGCAUCAGAAGCCAAACGUUCCUAUGGAACUUUAUUGAGUGUAAGAUCAAUACAGUUUGGAGACCACGAAGGACAUAUAACUGAGCACAAUGGAAAGAACUUAAAGUCAUUACUGUUGGAUUCUUAUAAACUAGCUAAUAUCGACCCAGCUUCUGUAGAGUUCAUUGAAGCUUAUGGGUCCGGGAUAAAGACCGAAGAUGCUAUGGAGUUAAAUAUUUUGGAUGAAGUAUUUUGUACUAAGCAGAGGAAGAUUUCAUUAAAAGUAGGUUCCAUAAAAAGCAAUAUAGGCCAUUGCGAGGUGUCUGGUCUCUUUAUGUCAAUUUUAAAAGCUAUAAUUAUACUGGAAAGUGGUUACAUACCACCCAACAUCAAUUACUCAGAACCAAAUAAAAGUGUAGCAGCCUUAAAAAAUGGAAAAAUUCAAGUGAUUAUCGAAAAAACUCCUUUCAAUGGUGAUAUUAUCGGAAUUAAUUCUUUUGGCUUUUUAAACGCGUUUAGCCAUGUUAUUCUAAAAAGAAAUAAUAAAGAAAAACAAGUAUUCAAAAAUAUCAGCAGUAACGAUUUUAUACCAAGACUUAUACUCGCAUCUGGGCGGAAUGAAGAAAAUACUAGAGCGACUCUAAAUAAAAUCAAAUGUCACGGAAACGAUCUAGAAUAUUUGACAUUGACCAAUGACGUGUUUACCAGGAAUAUCAAUGCUCAUUUCUUCAGAAGUUUUUCUAUUUUCCCGACGUUAGAUGAAUCACGGAUAGAUGAAGUUUGGAAUGUUGAUAUGAAGAAACGCCAAGUAUGGUUUAUAUUCUCAGGAAUGGGGUCACAAUGGCAGGGAAUGGGUACACAUCUUAUGAAACUUCCAAUUUUUGUCGAUGCAAUAAACAAAUGUGAUAUCAUAUUAAAGCCUCUAGGAGUCGACAUCAAAUACAUAAUAACCAGCCAAGAUCCGAAAAUAUUUGAUAAUAUACUUAAUUCUUUCGUUGGAAUCGCUGCCGUUCAGAUCGGAUUAGUAGAAGUUUUGAAAGCACUAGACAUUGUACCUGAUGGGAUUAUAGGCCACUCUGUCGGAGAAUUGGGAUGUGCCUUCGCAGAUGGUUGUUUUACGGCUGAAGAAAUGAUAUUAUCUGCGUAUGCUCGAGGUCGAGCUUCCGUAGAAACAGAACUUAUCCCUGGAAUGAUGGCCGCCAUUGGACUUGGAUAUGACCAAAUCAAAGGGAAACUUCCACAUGACAUUGAUGUUGCUUGUCGUAAUAGUUCCACUAGUUGUACAAUUUCGGGUCCAGUUGAUAGUAUCAAUAAGUUCGUUUCAGAAUUAAAAUCCGAAGGUAUCUUUGCAAAAGCCGUUAACGUUGCUGGCAUAGCAUUUCACAGUAGAUAUAUUCAAACCGCUGGACCGACUCUGCUUAAAUUUUUGAAAGACGUAAUCAAAGUACCAAAAAAGAGGUCUUCAAGGUGGAUUAGUAGUUCGUUGCCUGAAACGGAAUGGGAAACUGACCUCGCAAAGUAUUCUUCACCUGAAUACCAUACAAACAAUUUAUUGAGUAGUGUGUUAUUUGAGGACGUUCUAAAACAUAUACCUAGUGAUGCCAUUGUAAUUGAAAUUGCUCCUCAUGGUCUCCUCCAAGCAAUAUUAAAAGAAGCAUUACCCGAAACAGUGACAAAUAUAUCACUAACAAAGAGAAUGUAUGGAGAUUCAAUUCGAUUUUUACUUACUGCUAUAGGAAAGAUGUAUACAAAUGGUAUUAAUCUGAAAAUCAGAGAUUUGUAUCCAAAAAUUACGUUUCCCGUUAGUCGAGGUACUCCAAGUAUUCAAAGUUUACCUUUUUGGGACCAUAAUGAGCAAUGGACACCUGUUGUAACCACCAAUUCACAAAUACAUGGAUUCUUUGGUGAAAGAACAACUUCAAUAUUAGUCAAUAAUAGCAUUCAUCUAACCGAGUACCAAAUUCAUGGUGUUCAUAUUAUACCAUUUGCUUAUAUACUAAUGAAUACUUGGGAAAUGUUUGUUGAAAUUAAUUCUAAAACAUUUUCUGAAGAAUCUGUUCAAUUCGAUAAUCUACAUUUUAAAAAUAAUAUCAAAGUUCAUCCAAAUAAUGUAGCUGAAGGUAAUUUAAUGAUUCAAUGGGGAUCUGGUCAUUUUGAAUACUAUUUAAACGAUGAGGUUAUUUUUUCUGGUCAAAUAAGCUUCAUAAAUAAUGAAAAUUUAAAUAUGAAAACAGAAAAUACAAUAGAAUCUGAUACAACAUCUGAUAACUUCCAAGAGUGUGUAUUAAAAGAUGAAAUAUAUGAGAUAUUCAAAAACAACGGAUUCAAUCUAGGGGACAAUUUCAAAAAUAUAACCAAAUUUAAUAGUUAUAAAAAAUAUAUCCAAGGAAAUAUAAAAUGGAAAAAUGAUUGGAUUUACUUUCUUGAUGGCUUAUUUAAAUUUCCUAUAUUACAAAAUUUAGGUACAUAUCCAAUAGAAACUCCAAUUUCUAUUAGACAAAUGAGUAUAAACCCAACAUUAUACAAAACAAAUACAGUUAAAGAUGUAUGUGUAAACUACAACACUGCAACUAAAGAAAUAACAUGUGAAGGAAUAAAAAUAACGGAUAUUAAAAAUGGUCAUUCAGUAUUGCCGUUGAUUAAUUCUGCAGUAGUUAAUUUACAAGAAGAGAUAUUUGUUCAAUUCAACCACUCACAGUGCAAAAGUAUCAACCAAUUCAUUUACGAUUCUAUGGAUAUAAUAACAGAUAAUUUUGAUCGAUCCUCGGAAAAAGUAAUUUUAUGUACUCCGUACCACUUUGACGAUCAUAUAUCUAAAUUAUGUACUAAAACAAUUAAACAAAUCUUAGAAAAUCAAUUAUUAAUGAAUAACGAGACAUUAAACUGGUAUGAUGUUAAAAAUGCACCGAAAAAUGAUGAAUCUAGAAGAUUUAUCACAGUUACUAAUGUUAAUUACUUACAAGAUACAACAAGAGCUUUAGUUAAUUUAAAAUGUAGUUAUAUUAUAGUAUGUUCAAAACAAAAACUUCAAGAUCUUAAAGAUUGGAAAAUAAUUACUCAACAACAAUUUGACAAUAAAUGUUGUUUAGGAUUGAUGAAAAAGAUUAUUUUUAUAGACAAAAACAUAAUAUCUAUAAAACCAACAAAUGAUAGAUACGAUUUGAGCAUUUGGAGAGCAUUAGAGACACAAAAUUCAACAAAAGGCAUGAUUUAUAUAAUUUCAAAGUCUGAGCCGUUGGAAGGCAUUAACUCUUAUGUUAAUGCAAUUUUACAAAAGUAUAAAUCAAAGAAAUUAAGAUUUUUGUUUAUUUUGGAUUCAAACGCACCAGAUUUUAACUCUAAUCAAUCAUUCUAUACUAAUCAACUAUCAAAAGAUUUAAUUGUAAAUAUAUAUAAAAAUGGUGGUUGGGGUUCUUAUAAGAGAAUUGUUCUUCAAGAUUUAAAAGAUGAUAUUAAGAUCAACAAAAAUGUAGUGUUUAAAAAUUUUACCACAAAUACUCAAAAUAAAUUAACAGUAAAAUAUCUAGGAUUGAAUUUCAAAGAUUUAGUUGUUGAAGAAAACACCGAAAACGAAUUUGGACCUUUGGAAUACUCAGGGCAUAUUGACAAUAAAACCAUUAUGGGAAUUACUUCACUCGAUGAAAUAUCUACUCAAAUAGUUUAUGACCCAAUAUUAUCAUGGCCUAUACCAUCGACAUGGUCACUAGAAGAAGCAACAACUGUUCCUCUAGCAUACGCCAUGAGCUAUUAUAUUUUUAACGUCUUAUGUAAACUUCGAAAGGAUAAUUCUAUUUUAGUAACCUCAGGAUUGCAUCCAAUAGGUCAAGCUGCAAUUGCAAUAAGUUUAGGUAUGAAAUGUGAGACUUAUGUUAUUGUUGAUUCAGACCUACAAGCAGAUCAAUUAUGUGGAAUUUUCCCGGAGCUUUUGCGAUCAAGAAUAUUUAUAAACACUAACAACAAAUUUGAUGUUCAACUAAAAAUGAUAACCAAAUCAAAAGGAAUAGAUUUUAUAUUGAACUUUUUGAGUGGUGAAUCAUUUGAAGCUGCUUUUCGCACAUUGACAAUGUUUGGAAAUUUCUUCCAUUUCUCAAAAUCAGAUAUGAAAAAUCAAAGACAUUUAGGUACACGAGUAUUUUUGAAAAACACGGCGUUUUUCACCAUCAGUUCGAGCAUUUUAUUAAACGAAAGUGUUCUCAAUAAACAAAUUGUACAACAAGCAUUCACAGAGGGUUUGAUUGAAGGCGUGAUAAAGCCUUUCCAUAGGAAUGUUGUGACUACGUCAUUGAGUGGCGUUAACGUUUUCAACACAAUGAGAUCUAACGCUGAAUCGACUACGUCUGAAAAAGUUGUAUUUUCUAUAAACGAUAAUAACAAUGAUGACGAGAGUCCUAAGUUAAAAGAAAAACUUCAAUAUAAACCAUAUGAAUGUCAUCCUAAUAAAAUUUACCUAAUAGUUGGAAAUAGAGGAGAUUGGCUAGACCUUGCAGAAUGGUUGGUUGACCGAGGUGCUCAAAAAGUUGUCAUCAUUGUCAAAAGGUGUUUAAUGUCAUCUACUGUUUGUAGAAGAUUUGAUAGACUUAUCGCACGAAACGUAUCAGUGCAAAUUGAAUCAGAUUUGCAAUUAAAAUCAAAAGAAGAAACCCUUAACUGGUUAAAUAAUUUGACAAAUUUUAAAAUUUUGGAUGCAAUUUUUAUAGUCAACCAGCUUGAUGUUAAUAAAAUUAAUAACCUUCGACAUGCUUUUGAAAAACAUACGAACAGAACAUCAACAACACCGUUCGUAUGUUUAUUGAGUAAUGGAAGUUCUAUUUGUGCUGAGCUUAAAUCAAUUGGGUUGAACGCUUUAAAUAUUUCCUGGGAUGGAACGUCUUCGAAACCGACAAAUACAUCCAAAAUAUUGCCUUCAUUGGAUGUUUUAUUACAGAAAUCACACACAGCAGAGUCUUCAUCAUUUGUAUGCUCAGAAUACGGCUCCCUUAAAUCAGAAAGCUAUCAACAAAUUAAUAAUAUAAUAUCAAAUAUUUUCCCCGAAUCAAGUGAUGAAUUACAUUUUUUUAAUGAUGUACAAGCUCAAGAAACAAAAUUUAUCGAAGUUUCAACAAAAAGUCCUAGAUUAUCACAGUUAAAAUCUGUAAUACCUGUGUUCUUAAUACCUGGAUUUAAACCAAAACUUAUAAAAACGUUCUACGAAAAAUUAAGUUACCCAGUUUUUGAAGCCCAAUUAUCCGAUGAUAUCAAUUCAAUCGAUGAAUUAUCACACAUUUUAGUAAAUAAACUAAAAAAGAUUACAAAUCAAAAAUAUGUAUCUAUAAUUGGUGAAUCUUGGGGUGGAACCGUGGCUCUUAAAAUGGCUCAAAUAUUGGAAGCAGAAGGAACAUUGACUACUGUAACAUUAUUAGAAGGUGAUCCAGAAAUGUUGGCUGAGUGUGCGAAACAAUUUCUAUCGAAUGGUUAUAUCAAUAAAAAACUAAAUGCCAUAUAUGGUUCAUUAUCAAGUGAGUUCUCUAAGAAACCAAUACAAAAACAUGAUGAAGAAUCCCAAUUGAAAAAUAUGUCGACUUAUCAAAAACUAUUUGAAGAAAACACACAGAAAGCUUUAAAUACUAUUCGCUAUAGGUUACAAACAUUAUUAGAAACUAAGCCACUUUCAAAUAAAAUACAAUCAAAAGUUGUAAUAUUUAGAUACGAAAAAACGUCUAAAUUUUAUAGCACCAACUUAAAGGAUUAUUGUGUCAACCCACCAUUUGUCCACAUCAUUUCUGGAAUGGAUUAUAAGCACAUGAUGGUAGACAAGAAAAUGAUUGAAAUAAUUAAUAAUAAUGUUGUUCAUUCGUAUCCGACAGGGGUGGAAUUAUCGCUGAGUGAUAAAUACAAAAAUUUCUACUUUUACAUGCAAAAAUAUUUGAAAAAUACAUAAAUAAAAAUAAUAAAUAACGAUAUUAUAGUUGGUUUAAAUGUUCAAUAAAUGUUAAAAUUAUUAAUACAAA